UUCCUCCGCCGCCUCCGCCCUCUUGCCUCCGUCGCCUACCCCACCCUCCGCAGCCUCCUCCAUCCUCCUCGUUCCUCUUCCUCCCUCUUCUCCACCCGCGCCUCCACCUCCUCGCUUAACGACCCUAACCCCAACUGGUCCAACCGUCCACCGAAGGAAACUAUCCUCCUCGACGGUUGCGACUUCGAGCACUGGCUCGUCGUCAUGGAGAAGCCUGAAGGAGACCCAACCCGAGAUGAGAUCAUUGAUUCUUAUAUCAAAACCCUAGCUCAAGUCAUUGGAAGUGAAGAAGAAGCAAGGAUGAAGAUAUAUUCGGUUUCAACUAGGCACUACUUUGCUUUUGGGGCACUUGUAUCCGAAGAACUUUCAUACAAAAUCAAAGAGUUGCCUAGAGUUCGUUGGGUACUUCCUGACUCGUAUUUGAAUGUCAAGGAAAAAGAUUACGGAGGUGAACCCUUCAUCAAUGGACAAGCUGUACCAUAUGAUCCCAAGUAUCACGAGGAGUGGGUUAGAAACAAUGCCAGAGCAAAUGAAAGGAACAGGCGCAAUGACAGGCCUCGGAAUGCUGACAGGUCAAGAAACUUUGAUAGGAGGAGGGAAAAUGUGGUGAACCGAGACAUGCAGGGUAGGCCUCCCGUGCCAAAUCCUGGUGCUGGUGCUGGUCCUGGUCCUAACAUGAGUGGUGCACCACCCAAUAACCCAGGUGCAUACCCUCCCAACAACCAAGGCGGAUAUGCACCUCCUGGCGGCCCAGGUGGAUACACUCCUCCUGGCGGCCCAGGUGGAUACACUCCUCCUGGCGGCCCAGGUGGAUAUACUCCCAACAACCAAGGUGGAUAUGCUCCUCCUGGCGGCCCAGGUGGAUAUUCUCCUCAAAAUGCAGGUGGAUAUGCACCUCAAAAUGCUGGCGGAUACCAUCCUCAGAAUGCACCAGGUGCCUAUCCUCCCCGCAACCCACCUCCUAACACGGGGGCUGCUCCUCCAAACAGUGGCUAUGGUCAAAUGGGAGGUGUGCCACAGAAUAACUAUGGCGGCAACAUGGGAGGAGGAGUGCCUCCAAACCAGAACAUGGGCGGAGUUCCACCAAAUCAGAACAUGGGCGGAGUUCCACCAAACGCAGGAUGGUCGAACAAUGCUCCCAACAGGGACUACCAGCCUAGAGACGUUCCAAAUAGGGAUUUUGGAGGCCCAGUUGGUGGGAACACAUACACUACCUGAGGUGUGAUGAUCUGCAGAGAUUAUUCUUGUGCUACAAUGUAGAUAAAGAAGAAUUGUCCUGGAGACAACUUUGGGUUUAUUUAAUUUGGUUGAAGGAAUUAUUAUAUAGUAUUCUUACUUUUAGUCUUACUUCACUUAUUGCUCUACUUUCUAAUGAACCUGCAUGUCAUGGAAUUGAAGUUCACAAUUUUUGAAGGUUAGAUAUAAUCAUUUGUUUGCAAAC